AUGGCUCCUGCUCCUACCACCCAAGAAUCCACCGAAACCGAAUUCGCUGAAACCCUCCAGAAGUUGACUCAAUUACAGGUCAUUGGAGGUGGGGAAUACAAGAAGAAGGUCAAGACUGGAACUGCUGCCUCGUGGCUCGAGAGAUUGCCUGCUCCAGCAAGAAAGAGAUUGGAGAAGUACAACAUCGACUUGUCCAAGGGUUACCCAAAGGUGCCAGAGAGUAAAGACAUUCCAAAGUUCGUUGAUGAGGCUUUUGAGAUCAGAAACGAGGAGUUCCCAUACAUUGAGAGAGGUAAGAACGCUGAUCCAGAGAAGAAGGCUUUGUUUGGUGCCGCCAAGGAAGUCAGAAACUUGACCAAGCACAUUGGUACUGAGAUUAUUGGCUUGCAAUUGUCUGACUUGAAUGACCAACAGAAGGACGAGUUGGCACUUUUGAUUGCUGAGAGAGUGGUUGUUUUCUUUAGAAACCAGGAUCUUUCUCCACAAAAACAAUUGGAGCUCGGCAAGUACUGGGGACAGGUCGAGGUCCAUGCUCAGGUACCAAGAGUGCCAGAUGGAGCUGAUGGCGAGAAGCUCGCAGGUAUUUCUGUUAUUUGGCAAGACUACGCUAGGGAGUUCUUCGGCCUUCCUUUGACCUUCAAGAACUCGAUUGGUGGAAACUCUCAGUGGCACACUGACUUGGUGCACGAGUUCCAGCCUGCUGGUAUUACUCACUUGCACAACGACACCAUUCCUGAGGUUGGUGGAGACACUGUGUGGGCUUCUGGUUACGCUGCUUACGACAAGUUGUCCCCUGCUUUGCAGGAGUUCUUGGACGGUAAGACUGCUAUCUACCGUUCUGCUCACCAGUACUUGGACAGAGACAGACCAUUCAACGGUCUUAAGUGGAUCGAGAGAGAACACCCAAUCGUUAGAACUCACCCUGCCACUGGUUGGAAGUUCUUGUUUGUUAACAGAGCCAUGACCGUCCGUAUUGUUGGAUUGCAGCCAAACGAGUCCAAGUUGAUCUUGGAUUACUUGUUCAGCUUGUACGAGAAGAACUUGGAUAUCCAGGUCAGAUGGAACUGGAGAUCUGAGGAGGGUCUCGGCACCUCUGCUAUCUGGGAUAACAGAGUGUCGCAGCACAAUGCUAUUUGGGACCACGAGGGCUUGGAGCCAAGACACGGUACCCGUGUGACUUCUUUGGCUGAGGUUCCGUUCUUCGACCCCGAGUCUAAGUCCCAGAGACAGGCCUUGGGUUUGUCGUUGGAUUAG